AUUGCUCUGAGUCACCGCGGGCGCGCGGAGCUCCCGCUCGCAGCGCCGCCGAGCCGCGGGGCGCAAGACCCGGCUGAGUCACCCCGCGCCGGGAAAAGGGGCGGCCGGUGUGUGGUGGUGGUGCAGGAGGAGGUUGGGGGGCGGAGAACCGCUCCGCCUGUAGCCCCCGGGGCCGGAGCCGCUCCGCCGGCGGGGCGAGUUUCGCCGGGCAGCGCGGAGAGAGGACAUCGGCGAGCGCCCGCUUGCGCGCACGGCUCUGCUCCCGCCGCGCCGCCGAGCCCUGCCGUGCCGUCCCGUCCCGCAGGCGCUCGGCUGCCAACUGAGCCACUUUUCAUCGCUGUUAUUAUUUUUAAUUUUGUUACCUCUUUAUUUUUAUUUUUUCCCCUUUUUUCUUUUUUUUUCUUUUUACUUUUUUCCCCUCACUUUCUUCCCCGUCUCCAAAGCCGCUUUUAUUAUUUUUUUCUCUCUCCGCGGCGAGCGUUGGGAGGCGAAAGGCAAGAGCCGAAGAGGUCGGGAGGGAGAAGGGGGCGGGGAGACGGCGAGGGAGCGGCGGGUGUCGGUGUGGGAAGGCGGGGACGCGGCUCCCCCGGCCCGACCUCGGACCAUGUACCAGGACUACCCCGGGAACUUCGACACCUCCUCCAGAGGCAGCAGCGGCUCCCCGGGACACCCCGAGACCUACUCGAGCGGCGCAGCCCAGCAGAAAUUCCGAGUAGAUAUGCCAGGAUCAGGCAGCGCUUUCAUCCCUACGAUCAACGCCAUCACCACCAGCCAGGACCUCCAGUGGAUGGUGCAGCCCACCGUGAUCACCUCCAUGUCCAGCCCCUACUCGCGCUCACACCCGUACAGCCACCCGCUGCCCCCGCUGUCCUCGGUGGCCGGACACACGGCUCUGCAGCGGCCUGGGGUCAUCAAAACCAUCGGCACCACGGUGGGACGGAGGCGGAGAGAUGAGCAGCUGUCGCCUGAGGAAGAAGAGAAGCGAAGGAUCCGGAGAGAGAGGAACAAGCUGGCAGCUGCUAAGUGUCGUAACAGGCGUCGAGAGCUGACAGAGAAACUCCAGGCGGAAACUGAAGUACUGGAGGAGGAGAAGUCAGUGCUGCAAAAGGAGAUUGCUGAGCUCCAGAAGGAGAAGGAGAAGCUGGAGUUUAUGCUGGUGGCUCACAGCCCUGUGUGCAAGAUCAGCCCUGAGGAACGUCGGAGCCCACCAUCCAGCAGCCUCCAGAGCAUUCGGACUGGAGCAAGUGGAGCAGUGGUGGUGAAGCAGGAGCCUGUGGAGGAAGAGAUCCCAUCUUCCUCUUUGGUCCUUGACAAAGCCCAGAGGUCUGUCAUUAAGCCCAUCAGCAUUGCUGGAGGUUUUUAUGGGGAGGAGGCACUCAACACUCCCAUUGUGGUGACCUCAACACCAGCCAUCACUCCUGGCUCUUCCAACUUGGUGUUCACCUACCCUAACGUGUUGGAUCAGGAGUCUCCUCUCUCCCCUUCUGAGUCCUGCUCCAAAGCUCACCGGAGGAGCAGCAGCAGCGGGGACCAGUCCUCAGAUUCCUUGAACUCUCCCACCUUGCUGGCGUUGUAAUCCCCCUGCGGCCCCCCAUUUUGCCAGUGUGUCACAUCCCCCACAGCACCAUGGGGGGAGCCCCCUCCAUGGGAUUAGAGACAGGCACAGGAUCGUUCAAGCACAAGGGCAGCAAGAACAAGGAUGGGGAAGUGCUACAGCUCCAGGAAGGAGAAUGAGACCAACACGAGCUCCCUGGAGGCAGGAAACGGCAAGGGUGGGACUGACACGCCAGGGUUGUUUGGAGAGGGUGAUGUCCCCUCUGUAGGGACUGCCUGUGGAGACCUCUUUGUGGCUGUAGUGGACUUGAGGAGCACUCCUGGCCAGGACUGAAGGCGAGCUGCAGACAGUUGCUAGUCGUCCCUCUCCUCUGCGGAUUGACCUGAUGGGUUGUGCUCUGUGCUUAAAUCAUUCUGGUUAGUUGAUCUUACAACUUCUCUCUUGCGUGCUCUCUCUCUCUUUGCUUUAUUAUUUCCAGUGUUGUCGAUCCCAUUACAUUUCACUCAGUUGCUCUGAACUCUAAAGUCUUAUUAGGAUCUUUCCUCUUGGGAAUAGCUGUGGGAAACAUGUAGGGGUGCCCAGAUAGGAGGAUGACACCUGGGAGGACCAGGAGAUAGGGGGACCAAGAAGAGCCCAAGGGCUCAGCAAGAAGGGCAGAGGCUGUAGUCUCUAGCCUGAGGGCACAGAGACAGCAGAAGACUCAUGUGGAAGCCUUUCUUUUUAAAAAUGUGGUUGUAUUUAUCACCUUGGGCUCCUCAAAAAACCAAGUUAGCAUCUCAGGGCCAAAGCAGCACCAGAAAAGCUGCUGGGCUGGCACUUAGCAGUCACUGGCAGGGUUUUACCCUAGUUCAUUGGAUAUCAAGUCUGCUUGUUGUUUACUUUUCCUGGGCUGCCUGCUGUCUAGGGAGUGAUACAUCUUCCUGCCCAUCAGGGCUCCUGACUCAGAGGCUGAUCUCUUCCUGUUAGUAAAUCUUCCCCUCCCCUUGGCCAUAUUUGCAGAACGUGCUACAGAAAGAAGAGGUGGCACCACAUGCCUACAAAUCUAGGAUGGAGACUGGCAGCAGCUGAGAUGGUGAAGUUAGCUGGCUGUACCCUGGCCGAUUUUUUCAUUGUUGGGAAACAAAGCAGCAGGUGUCCACCAGCACAGCACAGGCCACAAGAACCCCCCUCCUGACCAGGCAGGAAUGGCAUGGAUAAAGUGUUGACCUGUUUGAACUAAAGCAGAGCUUCUGACAAGCUCUGGCAAAUGACAAAUUGACAGCUGCGGAAAAUCGAUUAGCAUUAUUUGCACCUUGGUCUUUGGCCUCUGGUUUUUCUUUGCAUUACAGUUGAUCUUGUUUUGUUGUGGUUGAUUGGCCUGCAGACAAAGAAUCAAACAAAAGCGGUCUUACCCUAGUCUUGGCUCCUUCUCUAGCCUGUGGGCUUGACUGCUACUGCUAAGUGCUCACAGAGGGCACAAGCUCUCCAGUGCUCGUGUUCACCACUGAAAACAGUAAUGUGAGUAAUCUAUUUCCUCUUGGAGCCAAGCUCAAUUCCUAUUGAUGUCAAGGUGCUGGCAGACCAUGACCAUGUACACACUAGGAUUGCCCAGUUUGCCAGCUAAACUGCUUAGGAGAGAGCUCUUUGGUCCUGCCUGUUGGAGCUGUGGUGGCAGCCAUUUAUUUUGGUGUGAUUUUUUUUUCUUUUAUACACACACAUGCACACACAUAUAUGUGUAUAUAUAUAUACAUAUAUAUAUAUAUGUAUAUGAAUUUUUUUAAUCAGCCAAAACCAGGGCAUUUCUUGUUCAGGCUGGACCUGGAGAAAUGCAACAUACAAUUAUGGGGCUAGUCGUACGAGAUGCAAAACUGCUGCAGUCCCCACCAACGCCACUGGGAAUUUAUAGGGUUCAGACUCGUGGAACUGGAACUUUACUCAGCAGGGCUGACUUCCCUUGAACUCUGGCCACUGCCCAUUCCUUGGAUAAUUUCAAAGGGACACUGUUCUGGCUCUAAAAGUGGACUUUGGCUUUUUUAUUAUAACUAUUAUUUUUAACCCAGGUGUUUACCAAACCUGCCAGAAAUGUGUGAGUGAUCUUUUUGCUUCAUAAAGCUGAUUGGAUUCAGGCUUUUUCUAUAUUGCUUAAACACUUCCAUUUUGAUACUGGUGCUAGAGGUUUUAAAUGGAGCUCACACAGUAAAUAAAAUUAGUAAAGGAGUUGUAUUGUCCUUACAUGUACAUCAAAACUUCCUUUCUAAUAACGUAGAUCUUAAAUUUCCCAUAGUUGGCACAGAGGAUCCACUUUUCUUAGGGUUUUAUGUAGAUGAUACCACUUAAGGUGAAACUGCAGCUUCUCUGUUUGCAUUUUACCAAAUAGUUUGGGCCACUCCAGACUGAGAAUCUGAAACUGUUAAUAAAACAUCUCUGCAUGGCAUUUCCACACAUUUUUGAGGAGAACACAACACUGACAAGCGGUGGUGAAUCCUAACAUGAUGCAGCUACUUUUGAGGCUAGCUGACCAGGAUUGCUGUCUUCUGUGAGGUCAGGAACAUCCACCCCUUGUAGGGGUUUCAGGAAGUCAGGUGUCUCCUCAGAUCUAACUGGUGGAACAACAAAAACC